AUGUCUCCGAAGCGAAGGACGGGCUUGGCCCUCGUGGCCGGUCUCCUGUUAUUCACGGUGCUAGCCGCUGCCACUGCUGACAGCCAAAACAAAGUCUCCGUGGGUGAUCUCUCCGUCGCAGAGAUCGAGGAGAAAUUGCAGGAAUGCCCACUCGUCGAGGCCCUCAAUGAGCACAAACGCGCAACCAGCCCACCAACGGCCAGCCUGAUGUCGAGAAUCUUCGCCGUCCUCUUCCCUGGCAGCCCCGCGGUCAAUGCAAUCCUCGCGACUGUAUAUAUCUCCGGACCUCCGAACUUCCUCUUGGCGCUGUGUCCACCCAACAUCGACCCGUCGUCCCUGUCGGUCAUGGUCGCCUUCGCCGUAGGAGGAUUACUGGGUGAUACUCUGUUCCAUCUGCUCCCCGAGAUCUUCCUGGGCGAGGAUUCCCCGGAACAGGUGCGCUUCGUCAUGGUCGAACCCAACCGCAAUCUUCUUCUUGGUCUUGGCAUCAUGGUGGGCUUCUUCACCUUCGUCGCGAUGGACAAGGCCCUCCGCAUUGCCACCGGAGGCGCAGGACACGACCACUCCCACUCGCAUGCGCACAGCGAGAGCCCCUCACAUGGCACAACCACCAGCUCCGACACCAACCCCAAGGCCAGCACCACGGAACUCCGCAAACGCAAAGCCGAUGCCCCCUCCUCGCCCGAAACCGUGCCCGAGAAGGAGAUCAACCCCAGCGUCAAGCUCGGCGGCUACCUCAACUUGAUCGCCGACUUCACGCACAACAUCACCGACGGCCUCGCCAUGUCCUCCUCCUUCUACGCCUCCCCCACCAUCGGCGCUACCACAACCGUCGCCGUCUUCUUCCACGAGAUCCCACACGAGGUCGGCGACUUCGCCCUCCUCGUGCAGUCCGGCUUUUCGAAGCGCAAGGCCAUGGGCGCCCAGUUCGUUACCGCCAUCGGCGCCUUCCUGGGUACCUUCAUCGGCAUCGCGAUCCAGGAGCUCGGCGGCGGGCACGGCGCCGCGGCCGCGACCGCCGCGGGUACUGGCGCGGGUGCCCACGCCGGCUUGCUGGGUACGAGUCUCGUCUGGGGCGACAUGUUGCUGCCUUUUACCGCGGGGACGUUCCUGUACGUCGGCACCGUCUCGGUGAUCCCGGAGCUGCUGGAGACCGGCAAGGACAAGAAGGUGGAGAUCAAGAAGACGAUCACGCAGUUUCUGGCUGUAGCCGUGGGUGCGGGGAUCAUGCUUGCGUGA